AUGUCCAUGGAUGGUGGCUGCCACCUUUUUGACCACAUUGGCAAUCCAAAUGGCGCUGAAGGGUUGGAGCUCGAAGAUGAUCCUGGGCAGCCAUUACACGACCUUGGUGCCGAUGAGUCCCAUAUUCCCGCAUCCAUCGAGUGUCUGUCGCAUUCACCAUCUCCUCAGCUGCAUGAUGUAUCAAGUGUUGUGCCCGUUGUCGAGGCUCACAUUGAGCAUCCACCUGAUGACCUGCAAGCAAUGAAGCCGACAAGGGCUCAAACUGUACCUGCACGCAAUCACACCUCCCCAGAGAAUGGCCCUCGCUAUCAUAUGCAAAUACCUGAAGUCUUCACAGCACAGCUAGCAGAAACAUCCAAAUGUGAGAAAGAACAGUGUCAGUGUCAUGCUGAUGAGAUCAAGGCGCAGAAUCAUGCAUGGUACCAUACAGUUGUGUAUUCCUGGGUAAAGGACAGUGGUCAGCCCAACGUGUUUGAGUUCCAGUCGGGCACACCAUCAUUUACUUGGCCUCACUUAUCACUAAACCAUCAAGUUAUAUCCCUGAUGGGACUGGCUGCUGCGAGGGUCAAUGAAGGGCCAGACUACCUUAUUACUGUCAUCGAAGGCCAACUGGUCCUCCUGAAGAACCCAAAUCCACGUCACACUCAGGAUGAUGCCAAGAUGAGUGCCUCGCCAUCUGAGUUGGAGGUCAAGGCCUUGUUGCUGUCAAAGGGCAAGGUCCACAUAGUCCCACAACAAGUGUGGACUCCAGCCCACCUCAUACUCAUUGUCUGGCCAGGAGAUUUCUAUGCCUGUGAUAUUGCCAAGGGCUUCAGACUUUGCAAGAUGAUCAGUAAGUGUUGCCAAGGUGUUGCCAAGGUGUUCCAGAAGAUGUUUGGGGUCCCUUACACUAGCACAACAUUUCAUGUUCACAAGAGGCGUUGGGCAGAUGCGCCCGCCAACAUUACAGAUAGGUUCGUCAAGGCUGGGCGAACAAAAGAUGGUUUAUGGUCAAAGUUCAUGACAGAGACCCGGUCCUGAGUUCCUCAAAGGUAUUUUCAUUCAUCUCAUUGUCUG